CUUCGGAAUGUCAAUGAUGCUUGUCGAAAGAGAAAGAUUACGAGUGACCGACGACUGGAUCGUCAUCGACUCCUUAAAUAGUAGUACCACUUCUGCUACUUCACACGCUAGCUUAUUUCUUUGUAGAAACACUGGAAGGAUUUUUGAAAAACAGGAGAGACCUGCCAUAGAGAAAUCACCACAAGUGGACUGCAUCAUCUUUGGUAUUGUAGGAAUAGUCCAACUAUUAUGCAAUAACUAUUUAGUAUACAUCAAAAACAGAGAAUGGAUUGGAAAACUUCUUCAACAUGAUAUAUACAAAGUAACUCAACUCGAGUGGAUACCCAUCAAACGUCUCGAUGUUGAGGAUGACUAUGGCGCUUUCAACAAAAACAUGAAAAGGAACCAACUCUAUCUCUUAUCCCUUUUACAAACGGUCUUUUCUCAAACCAACUUUUAUUACUCUACUACUUUUAUGUUGACUCGAAGACUACAAACUAUAUAUUCCUCCCCCAUCGAUGACCAAGUAAAACCUCUUUGUUUGAGUGCAGACAAGCGAUUUUUUUGGAACCAGCAUAUAGCAAAGAGUCUCGUGGAAAACAAACUUUAUUCUUGGGUGGUUCCUCUCAUCUCAGGUUUCGUAAGGUGUGAAGUGUUUUCUAUGGGUUCCAAUGUGGUUCGAUAUAUCUUAAUAUCCCGAAUAUCUUGUGAACGUGCAGGUCCUCGAUAUCAUUGUAGAGGUUCUGAUGGAACAGGAAAAGUAGCAAACUUUGUAGAAACAGAGCAAAUCAUGACUUACUAUGAUAAUGUAUUCUCUUUUGUUCAAAUUCGAGGUUCUAUACCAGUCAUUUGGAAGCAAACUCCUAACCUCAAAUACAAGCCCAAAAUCGAAAUCUAUUCCAGUAGGACAGCAGAAGAAUUCUCUUCCAUCAACUUGCAAAAAGAACAAAAGACAGAACCACUAUCACCCUUCACAACUAUCAUUCGUCACUUUGAAGAAUUACAAAAGAAUUAUGGUCCACAAGUGGCAGUAUCAUUGAUAGAUCAAAAAGGUUCAGAAGCACAAUUGGGAGACCUCUAUCAGAGUGGAACGAGAGAAAACUUUCCUUCGACUGUGGUAGAUUAUAUCGCAUGGGACUUUCAUCGUUUCUGUAAAGGUAUGCGAUUCGAUAGAGUGUAUCAACUGGUGCAACAAUUGGAACCUUCUUUGGAUAUCUUUGGAUUUUAUUAUAGGAAGCUCGGAGAUCAUUCUUCUACUCCGUCGUUACAAAAGGGUUAUAUUAGGACCAACUGUAUAGACUGUUUGGAUAGAACCAAUGUAUUACAAAGUGCCAUUGCAGAGGUUAUAUUGACAAAGCAGUUGCGACAAUUGCAGAUAUUGUCCCAAGAACAAACACUGAAAGACUUUAUUUUGGUAUAUGCCAAGUUUUCCAAUAUUUGGGCAGAUCAUGCUGAUGCAAUAUCUGAAUAUUACGCGGGUACGGGAGCACUGAAAACCGAUUAUACUAGAACAGGAAAGCGUUCUUAUCGAGGCAUUGCAGUGGAUGGAUGGAGGUCAUUGUUACGUUACUGGAAAAAUAACUUUCUGGACGGUUACAAACAGGAUGCUUACAACUUGUUGCUAGGAAAAGUACAAAUACAGAGAUAUCGGUCUAAAACUAUCAUUCCUUCCUAUUGGGAUCAAUUGAGUUGGAAAGAAAAAUGGAUUCCAUUGCUUUGUUUGACGGCAAUCAUUUCUUGUAUUUGGGGUGUCUUCUCGUUACGAAACGUUUCUUUGAAAUAUCGAGUCGUGUAUUUUUUGACCAGUUUCAGUAUUUUAUUGAGAGGGUUGUCAUUUAUGAUUUCACAUGGAAAGCACUAUGCUAUACAACCAAGGUUGGCAACUCAGUAUUGAUAUAAAGUCAGUUGGUUCGUCACCAUUUCAAGAUAAAAAAUAACUUUUGGUU